AUUGGUUGUUUUUUGGGUUGUUGUUUUUUUGUGAGAGGCGUUUGUCUCAAAUUUUUAGUUUAGCUAAAACUUGAUCAACAUUUUUUUUAUUUUUAAUCUAAAACAUAAAGACAUCAGGGAGCUCCGCCAGAACACAAAACAGCGUUCCAGAAUGUAAAGCAUGUUAUCCUUGCUGAUCAUCUUUGUGGGUGUUACCUGGACUGAACCAGGAUCAGCCUGCCGACCCAAAGAGUACACAGCCAGCGACGGACAGUGCUGUCCGAUGUGCCACGAAGGAACUGUGGUUCAAAGAGACUGCACGGUUCAGUCAGGAACACGGUGCAUCCCCUGUGAGGCGGGAACCUACAUGAACAAACCCAAUGGCCUUAAAAGGUGUUUCUCCUGCUCCUCCUGUGCUCCAGGCUUUGGUCUCUUUGUCAAGCAGAACUGCACACAAACAUCAGACACAGUUUGUGAUGUUUUAAGUGGAUAUUUCUGUAAAAGUUUAACAGAUACAGGAUGCAGCACGGCAGAGAAACAUUCUGUCUGUGAACCUGGACAGAGAAUAAAACAACCUGGAACCAGCAGACAUGAUACAGUGUGUGAAGCAUGUCAGGAAGGAUCCUUUUCCCCAGAUGGGCUGAACUGCACUCUGUGGACAGAAUGCUCAGCAAGCCAAACCAAGGUCCAAGAAGGAAGCUUGACGAGGGAUGUUGUCUGCAGGAAUGUAUCGAUAAGACACAGAUAUACUUUAUUGGUGCCUGUCCUGAGCUUACCAAUAGUUUGUAUGCUGCUAUUGACAGGAUAUUGCAAAACACGAUGGAUAUUGCAAAACACGAAGAGCUCCUCCCUGAGGACAGAGGUUUGAUAAAGGAAGUCCAGGACCAGGAGGGAAACUAGGACAGCUUUCCAGUGGUACUCUGCUGUUCAUUCUAGAGAUCCCAGGACACAAAGGAUAUAAAGUCCAUAUAAGUUCUGGGUUUCUCACACAUCCAACUUCCAAAGGAAAAAGCUCAACAGGUACCAUGACCAAUGCCUGGACCACCUCAGCUGAAUCCAGAUAUGACAUCUGAAGACUGAGCUCAACUGAGCCCCCCGAGACCAAAGCUCAACCACCAGUUUGCUGGUCAAUCAAGAGCAGAAACGCCAUGAUCAUUGUAUCUUUAGCGUGGUUCUAGUUGUGAUCUAGUUAACCCUAACCAUAACAGCCAAGUCUGCUGAUUCUUCACACAGGUCUAUAGCAGCGGUUUCCAAACUUGCCGCGCAUCACUUCUGUGUUCCAACCAGGUUGACACACCCUCAGUCUUCAAAAAAACCCAAAACAUCCUCUGGAAAGGAUUGAACCAUAUUAGCCUGGAGAAAAGUAGGCUACUUACCUGAGAUUGUUGGAGUGGAUCCAUCUUCAGACGUGAGGUGAACAGAAAACUCCCACCCUCAGAGUUUGCUAGUCAGAUGUUUGCUAUUAAGGGCAGAUGCUAAUUCUGCCUCCAACAGAAAUUAGGUCCCUUUUCAUUGGUGAUUUUGGCAUCGCCCCUUAUUAUUUCCUUUUUUUAAUUUUCCUGAUUGUUGUUGUUUUUCAGCUUCUUAUUUUACUAGCUUUUAUAUUAAAAAGCUAUUUUAUUGUCGGAAGCUGUACCACAGGCACACUCAUUAGAGUUAAACAAGCGCACCCUUUCUGAGGCUGUCGUUCUAUUGGCUGGAAAGAUUGCUAGGCGACGAUCCGACUGACAAA